AUGGCUCUCCCGUCCAAACCGGCUACAACGGUCAUCAUCAUCGGCGCCGGGUUUUCCGGAGUGGCUAUGGGAUGUCAACUGAAACGCAACUAUGAUCUGGAAGACUACUGUAUCUACGACCGCUGCUCUGGGAUCGGAGGUACCUGGUGGUCCAACAGAUACCCAGGCUGCAGUGUAGAUAUCCCCGCAAUAAGCUACAGCCUCUCCUUUGCGAAGAAUCCUUCGUUCACAAAAUUGUUCCCUCAACAGUCCGAGGCUUUGGACUACAUUUCUGACGUGGCCCGGACUUAUGGAGUGAACCGUCAAUUCGUUGGGAACGUGGAGUGGAAAUGUGCCACCUGGAAGGAGGAUACCGAGACCUGGCUCCUGCAAUUCGAGGACCUGCAGACUGGCCGGCAUUUCACGCAAGCCUGCCGUAUUUUGAUCUCCGCCGUUGGCGGGGUGGUCAAUCCUCAUCCUUUCACGAUGCCAGGCGUCGAAACAUUCAGGGGUCCGAUUGUACACACUGCUCAGUGGAGGUCGGACAUCGACCUCCGAUAUAAGCACGUCGCCGUCAUCGGCAAUGGGAGCUCGUUCGUACAGCUGGUACCAGCAAUCAUUGAUGAAGUCAAGACCAUUACACAUUUCAUGAGGACACCCCACUACCUGGUCCCUACCAAGAACCAUGACAUCCCUCCAUUAUGGCGCAGGCUUCUUUGCUAUGUCCCAGGACUGCUGUGGCUCCUCCGCGCGCUCAUGUUCUUAUACAUGGAGACAGCAUGGCCCCAGUUUAACAAGACCCGUUGGGGAAGCAGAGCCCGCCAGAAAUCCGUACAACGCAGUUUGAACUAUGUCCAAUCGACCGCACCUCAUUCCAAAUCAUGGAGGCGCGUCUUCGACCAAGGGUAUUUGCCCUGCCUACAGCGAGAUAACAUCCGCCUUACCGACGACCCAGUUGUCGAGAUCCUACCAACCUCGAUCAGAACCCAGUCCGGUGAUCAGAUAUCUACUGAUGUCAUAAUCCUCGCCACCGGCUUCAGCUUGACACAGUAUGACACCCCGCUCUAUAGCCGCGAAGGUAUAUCCCGCCAGCAGCAUUGGCAGGAACUAGGUUCCAGGUUGGCGUUUGAGUCUGUCGCGAUGCACGGCUUUCCGAAUUUCUUCUACAUCCUGGGUCCUAAUUCGGGACGCGCGCACACGUCGACUUUAUUCUCUAUCGAAAACCAUGUGGACCUGGUGAUCUCGGUAAUCGCCCCGAUCAUCCAAAACAAGGCGUCAGCGGUGGAGUUGGAUGCAAAUAGCGAGCGAAAGUACUACAGCCUCCUCCGCGCCGCUCUGCAGAAUACCGUCCAUGACGAGACCUGCUCCAGCUAUUUCGUCGACAAGAAAACAGGCACGAAUUGGUUUAGUUAUCCCUGGAGCUCGCUGUGGCAAUGGAUCUCAACACACUGGGUUAGGGCCGAGCUCAUCAGUCCGGAAGAUCCUCAUGUACUCUUCGACCUCCAGCUCAUGCGUUGCCAGAACAGAAUCUCCUAG